ACCAUCAUGAAGAUUCACCAGGCUGCUGCCCAGCAGAACACAAGUCCCACCAAGGUUAUGACUGCAAACCAUCAGUCUCCAGGGAUGCACAGCAUCCUACUGCUCUUGCUUCUGCCAGCUCUCACCACCACCUUCUCCUGCAACCAUCUUCGUCACCAGGAUGCCAACUUCUCUUGGAAAAGCCUCCAGCUCCUUCAGAAUACGGCUCCACCUCCACCACAGCCUUGCCCACAACAAGACGUGACUUUUCCAUUUCCAGAAACCCUUCUGAAAAGCAAGGACAAGAAGCAAGCAGCCAUCACCACCCUCCGCAUCCUCCAACACCUCUUCAACAUGCUUAGCAGCCCACACACUCCAAAACACUGGAUUGACCGCACACGCCACAGCCUCCUCAACCAGAUCCAGCAUUACAUCCAUCACCUUGAGCAAUGCUUCGUAAACCAAGGCACGCGCUCCCAGAGGCGAGGGCCUCGCAACGCUCACCUCAGCAUCAACAAAUACUUCAGAUCCAUCCACAACUUCCUACAGCACAACAACUACAGUGCUUGUACCUGGGACCAUGUCCGCCUCCAGGCUCGUGACUGCUUCCGACACGUGGACACACUCAUACAAUGGAUGAAAAGUCGAGCUCCUCUCACAGCCUCAUCCAAACGUCUCAACACCCAGUGACUGUCUCCAACCAACAGCAAUGGCCACUCAGUGAGAGGAACCAGCCACAGCUUGGGCUGGGUCAGCCUAGCACCACUCGCUAAGCCUUCCUCCACCCAGAGGCCACAGCAACAGGGAGACUGGCAUGACUGAGCCCAGCUCAUUGGCACCACAUCACAGCCUGAGCCUGGCUAUGGCACAGCCCAUCCUGCCACAACUCCUGGCCCACUCCACAGCCCGAACUUGUUUGGAAUGGAAAGAGGAAGUCUUUGCCACGUUGUACAUCUGGGAGACAGUGGGGAUAGGAUCAGCACUUAUUUCUGAAGCAAUCUUGUAGACAACCUCCACUCACAGAGGGGAAGGUCCCAAUGGACAUUGUUGGACUUGCACAUGCUGAUGACUUGCUAUUUAUAACAGAACUUUAUUUAUUUGCCUAUUUGUCCUUCAUUCUUUUUUAAAUUAUUUAUUUAUAUUCAUUAAUCAGUUCAUUUAUUUAUUCACUUUGUUUCUGGAAAUAAAGACCUGAUAUUAAAAAAAAAAAAAAA